AUAUUGAUCGCUGACUAGGUUAAAGGGAAUUCAUAAUAUUUAAAAAAAAACGUUCGUUAUUUUAAUGUUAUCGAUUUUAGAAUUAAAGCUUGAAUGGUUCUGAGUAAUGUAGAACUUUCUUAAAGUUAAUGAGACAGAAAGUGUGCUCUUGAAAUGCCAGUAGAGUGCACGUUAGUAAACGUCACCAAAAACCGAACAGCAAUCCUUAUCAGGCGUACGUAUAGAUAAAAUUCGUGCUUUGUAUGCCGUGGGAGAAACGGGACGUGCAGUUUGGUCCUAUACUCCUGGUACCGGUAGAGUUUAAGUUAAAUUCUUUAAAGUCACUAGUUUUAGUACAUAAAUUCUCAUUAUCAGCCGAGGAACCGCAAAUAACUAAAAGAUGGGGUGUUGAUUCAGUGCUUUAGUUAUGCUAUAUAGAAUACAAACUUAUGUUAUACUUUUAACUUUAAAGAAAAAUUUGUUCUUGCAAAUCCACUUGGAGCGUAUGCAGCAUGAUAACGUCAUAACGAUGAUAACAUGUCUUAUGUAAACAUUUAGUACGCAUUCAGACGAGAUACUCUCCGUCGUAGGGUACUUCAAAUCGGUUGGCUCAACUCAGUGGUUAGAUUCUUUUUCUUAGAAAAAUUGUUUAUUCUUUACUAAUACCGAAUACAUUUUCAGUUUGAAAAUGGUUUUAACUUCCUCGAAAUUUUUCAAAUCCCGUAGCCUAUAUAUAUUUUUAUUUAUCGCCACCAUCUUCUUUACAACAAUCUAUUUCACAAAUCCAGUAAAAAUCUCUGCGCCUGCUGUUGGACAACUGUACACGUCAGCUAUCGCUGAAAAGAAACGCGCCGAAAAGAAGCCUGUCGAUACGGAAUCACACGACAAGUCAAUGUUCGACAAUUUCGAUAAUGUGACAGGUGCCGAGCACUUUAUUGUACCCAACAUUAUACACUUCAUCCGCUUCCAAACAUUCGAGUUGAAUUUUGUCGAUUACAUGGUGCUGCUAGCUGCCAUGCGCAAUCACAAACCGGAUCAGUUUUUCUUUCACACCGAUGUAGAGGAUGUUCAAUUCACAGGGAAGUACUGGGGCUUGGUUAAACAGGACGAGGAUCUAUGGUCACGGAUUAAAGUGUUCUUUCUUGAAGCUCCCGCUGAAAUCUUCGGUCAAAAAUUGAAUGAAGGAUGGCGCUUUUACCACGGAAGUGAUAUUGGCCGAAUACAUGUUUUAAUGAAAUAUGGAGGAAUCUAUGUUGACAACGAUGCUUACGUAAUUCGUUCCUUGGAUAAGUAUCGCAAAUUUGAGUUUGUUAUAAACUGGGAUGAAAAUCAAUUCAUGGGAACUCAAGUUAUAAUCGCACACAAGGACGCCCGUUUUCUUCCACUUUGGCUCGACUCUUAUAGGGAUUACCGAUCGGACAAGUGGUACUACAACGCUGGAGAACGACCCACUACUGAAAUCCUGCAUCGAAAACCAGAGUUAAUUCAUCGAGUAAAGGGCGAUUUUGGAGCUGCAGUAAAUGUUUCAAUGCAAAUCUAUUACAACCCAAAGUUUGACUGGCGCAGUUACGAUGCUCUUCACUUGCUUACGAGUCAUCGCUAUUACCUGGAUCUACAUUUUAACAAGACGCCCGUCUUCGACGAAAACAACAUACGUGAAUACGAGUACCCCAUUGGAGACAUGGCUCGCGAAGUUCUCGACAAAUUUACUGGAAUUAUUGACUGAUGAUGAAACCAUAUUUAACAAUCUCAAACUCAAAGAAUACGAAUACACUUGACUGAAUUACAAA